UAUGUUGUGAGAGGGCUUGACAUGCUUUUCUUUAUAGAAGUCGGUCGCCCCGGACCCGAGUUGUUCAAAUUUCGACCUCUUUGUGCAUUUCGUCCGCGCUCGAGACGUACUGUAGCUAUCUCCAAAUUGUUCAACUCCUCCAGUCGUGCCAAAUACUGCGGGGAUGCGCUGAUGACGGGGUCCGGAAAUUUGUGA